UACAAUCACAUCAUCAGCUUUUAAAUACACACACAUUCAUCAUAAUGGGAGGUAUAUGAUGAUUGUAGCUGCAGGGCUAUGGCCAGCGAACCCCUCGAAGGCUUCCAUAAGGUCAACUUGGCGUCACCCACCACCCCUGACCUCCACGGAUUGACCUCUGACAUCAGACCCCAAUGUCACAGCGCCCCUUCCAGCGCCUUGUACCAUACACCCUCCCUCAGCUCCAGCCCCUUUCCCCCCAACGCCCUGCGAGCCGACCAGCUGCCCACCCUGCCCAUCUACUCUGCCCCUAGGCUACUGGGCACAGAGGGGGUGUUCCUGUCUGGAGAGGAAGGGGAGGAGUCUCUGGGUCUGACCAAUGACAGCCUGUCCCGCCUCCGCAGCCCCUCAGUCAUGGAGAUCAGAGAGAAAGCCAAUGAGAGACUGAAGGAGGAGCUAGCCAAGGCACAGAGGUUGAACAUCAGUUGA